AUGGCUGUGUUCAAUCUCUUCAAGAUGCUCGCUCUCCUCCUCAUAAGCUUGGUCGCAAUGACCUCUGCUUCACCCAUCGCCACUUCCGAUGGAGUCUCUAUUUCUGUAGCUCCAGCAACCAAGCGCGACAACUCACUCGCCAUUCCCGGUGAUGAUGUCUUCGCUGACACCAAUUGCUACCGAUGUAUAUACAUCAACCUGUUCUGCAAGCAAAACAACCUCACCGAAGAAGAAUGUCUACCAAUACGGUGCAAUGAUCCCGACUGCAACGUGUGCAGCCGUAGUUGCCACAAGACUCAGCAGGUCGAUGCAUUAGACCCCACCACCAUGGAGGGUGUCGUUGCUGACAUCUCUGCUACUUCUGUGGCUCCAGCGGCUAAGCGCGAAGAAGCUGCACAGAAAUGCGUCUGGAUCUGCUUCCAUGUAACGUGCACCCGCCAGUGUACCGACGUCGCUGGAGUAGCUGCCUAUGCAGCCAGCGGCGCGAUUGUCAUCGACGAGACCGAGCUCCAUGCCGACACGUCCAUCUCUGUCACUGCAAACCAUACACAGCUGGAGAACAACGAGCAUGUUGAAAAUGCUUUCCUAUACCAUUGCGACUUGACCUCUGAUAGUUGCUGGACCGAUACCGUUCUUGAGCCAGUAGCUGGAACCGAAACCGCUAUCGAGAACAUUCCCGACAUUCCACACAAGGUCUGCCGCGAGAUUUGCAACACAGAUAAGUCGCUCUGCGGCCUGGUCUGUGAUGAAGAAGCGAAGAAGGAGACUGUGAUCAACGACCCCGUCUCAAGGGCUAAGAUCAAGUGUCACUGGGAGUGCUAUUUCGGUCAGUGCUGGGCGGUCUGCAUGCCCGACAUGGGCGGCGCCUCCAGCGACUCCAGCGAGGUAUCAUCCGCCAACGUCGCAACAAACUUCAAGCCAUGCCGCUGGGAGUGCUACUUUGGUCAGUGCUGGACUUGCUGCCCUCCUCCUUGA